GGGUUGAAAGUGGCGUCGCCGCGCAUUGAUAGUUAUUAGGAAUUGAUCCCCGUUCUGCCUUUGUUCGCUUCAAUCAUUGAUCAGCAGCACAGCCGCCGCUCGCCACACCGAUCUGGGAUCAGCACCGCGGACAGCACUGACAUAAACAGACCUCCUUUUUAUUCCUCCGCCUUUUGCUUUUUCAAAACCUUUAUUCCGCCUGGCUGACAUGUACGGAAACUUUUAAAUGCGCCGUCGAGUCGGUAACUUUUCACUCUUCUACGUCUUUAUAGGCGUUGCUGACUUACUUCCGCCCGUCCUCGUUGUUAGCCGAAUAAUGUUCUAUAUUCGCCGUGUGGAAAGUUUAUGGCGUAGAUAUUCGCGUUCUACGGAAGCCCGACGGACAUACCGGUAGUCGUCACUGAUGAUCAACAAAACAAACAUUAUUUGUGGUGUUAAUGUCAUCGUUUUGAAGCUUCCGGUGGACUGUCAACCGCGAGCGUUGGGAAUGUGGCAGAGGGAGCUCAACUCUGUAGCUUCUGAGCUGGCAGGUCGACAAGAAGAGAGCGAAGAUUCCCAUCGGCAUCUGGUAGACCUGAGUAGGGAGUUCAGGAGGAAUGUACCUGAGGAAGUCCGGGAGAUGGUGGCACCAGUCCUCAAGAGUUUCCAAGCCCAGGUGGUCACUUUGAACAAGCGGAGUAAGGAGGCUGAGUCUGCUUUCCUCGGUAUCUACAAACAGCUUAUUGAAGCCCCAGAUCCGGCUCCUGUACUGGAGGCCUCACACACCCUGGAGAAAAGGCUGCAGCAGCUUCAGAAUUCAACCCCCGACAGUGAGAGCCUGGUCCGGGAGAUCAGCGUUCACUGGAGGGAACACCUGGAGUGCCUUGAAACGACAGGACCAACUAACAACGGUCCUGCGCGCCCAACAGAGACAGGGGACCCCUCAAGGUCCAGAUCUCCAGCUUCCCACAUGACCCCCAACAGCAUGCCAGCUGCAGGAGCCCCAGGCUCUCCACAGGAGAUCUACCAGGACCAAACCGAGGGACAAGGAGAGGAGGAGAAUGCUGCUCUUGGUUUGGCUGACAAUGACAAACUGUCCGAGGCGGAGGAGAAAAUCAAGGUUCUGAAUUCAUCUUUGGACACGGCCCAGACGGAGCUGCUGGACCUGCGGUGUAAAUACAGCCAAGAGAUGACAAACAAGGCAGACGAAGUCAGCGCCAUCAUGGCCCAACUUGAGAAGGCAAACCAGAGAGCAGAAAUGGCCCAGCUGGAGGUGGAGAGGCUAAAGGAGCAGCUAGCCAGCGGCCCUCAGCCAGCAGAGGGCACUAGCAAGGAGAGCAGUGAGAGGGGCGAAGUGUUGCCCUCUGAACUGGAGACCACGCUUCUGGCCAAAGAUCGUGAAAUCAUUCGUCUUCUGGAAAACGUUCAGCGACUGCAGUUCACCCUGCAGGAGGUUCAAGAGAACUCGGCCAAUCAGAUCAUAGAGCUGGAACGGCAGCUGGCCUACAAGACCGAAGCUAUCGAGAGAUUAGAAGCCAAAUUGAGAUCUCAAAUGGAUUAUGAAGAGAUAAAAACUGAACUCAGUAUCCUCAAAGUCAUGAAACUGGCCUCUGUGAAUGGCAGCUCAUCCCAGGACUCUACCAAGACCAGAGAUGUGCUUUUACUGGAUAAGGAAGAAUUUAUUCCAUCCCACAAAUACCUGUUGGAUAAGGCCCACAUUUUGCACAGCACUGAUGAUGACCGCUCCGAGGAUGGAGGCAGAGAAACAGGCAGGCCACCCGGAUCCACCUCCUCGUCAUCUCAGGUGAAUGGCCGCACCUCGCUGAGUCCUGGUCCUCCGACAUUGGACGGCUACUCCUCCAGCCACGACCUCCCUCGUCCCUUCUCUGUGUCGCCGUGCUCUGGUGACCGACUGUCGGCCGACCACCUCCUCCACAAGCAUCUUCUCUCCCCACAUUUGAAAAAAGAGGGCCACCUGGCCUUUCCCACUGCGCUGUACGCAGCCAAGGUGGCCCUCAUGUCCAGCACCCAAGGAUCAGGCGGUAGCGACACAGGCCUGCUCAGCGACCAGUCGGAAAGUGGCGGCUCCAGUACGGCUGGGGAUGACGAGCAGAUAGACACGGCAGAGAUCGCCUUCCAGGUGAAGGAACAGCUACUCAAACACAACAUCGGCCAACGUGUGUUUGGCCACUAUGUGCUGGGCCUCUCCCAAGGCUCAGUCAGCGAGAUCCUGGCCAGACCUAAACCUUGGAGGAAGCUGACUGUCAAAGGCAAAGAACCCUUCAUUAAGAUGAAACAGUUUCUCUCUGACGAGCAGAACAUUCUGGCACUUAGGACCAUCCAAGUCCGCCAGCGAGGGAGCAUCACUCCACGUAUCCGAACUCCAGAAACUGGGUCAGACGAUGCUAUCAGGAAUAUCUUGGAGCAGGCCAAGAAGGAGAUCCAGUCCCAGAGGGGAGGGGACUCCAGGACAUCCGUAAACACCGCUUUGAGCAGAAGCAGCAACGGAACAGGCAACGGCUCUGACGAAACCAUAAAGAACAUCCUAGAACAGGCCAGGAGAGAGAUGGAGUCCCAGCAGCACACCCUGGUCGACAUGGAUGGCUGUGGACGAGCCUCCUCAGUCGGCACGAUAGCCCAAGUGGAACGUCUGGGCCCCCCGGAGCGCUCCAGGGCCUUGCCUUUGCCCAUAUCCAUUAAACAAGAAGAGGGGGGCUGUGUUACUGUCUGCAUGGCCAAUUCCAUCAGCAAUCCCCAGACGCCACUCAGCGUUCUCUCUCCAGCCGCCUUCGUUCAGAACAUCAUCCGCAAAGUGAAAUCAGAGAUCGGAGAGGUUGGCACAUACUUCGACCAGCACUGGGCUCAAGAGCGGGGGUCGAUGGGUCCAGCCGGCGUGGGAGCCUCCCGACCCUUUAAUUCCAUCUCUCCCUCGGUGUCUUCCUCUUCCUCGGGUCCUUCCGUGUUGACUCGACCCUGGCCCCGCCUGGAGAACGGUGAGUGUCUCAGCGAGGACGCUUCCGCGGCCGAAGAGGAUCCGGGGCUGUGUCGGCCCACGGAGGUCAAGGUGGAGUCGGACACGUCGGUCAGUGGCGAGUCUCCAGGCCCCAGUCCAGGUCGGCUUUCCUACUACCCGGCGUACGUUCCCCGAGCUCUGAAGCCGACCGUCCCACCUCUGACUCCAGAGCAGUACGAGUUGUACAUGUACCGAGAGGUGGACACCCUCGAGCUAACCAGGCAGGUGAAGGAGAAGUUGGCGAAGAACGGCAUCUGUCAGAGGAUCUUUGGUGAAAAGGUGCUCGGGCUCUCUCAGGGCAGCGUGAGCGAUAUGCUGUCACGGCCCAAACCCUGGAGCAAGCUGACCCAGAAAGGCCGGGAACCUUUCAUUCGCAUGCAGCUCUGGUUACUUGACCAGCUGGGCCAGACCCUAAACCAAACCCUAAACCAGGCCCCCAACCGGGGCCACGCUCAUGAUAAAAGUCCAGUGAUGACCCAGUCUUCCCCCUCACCGCCCAUAAGCCCGGCAGAGGGUCAUCCCAGUCCGCCGGUCGAACCGGUCAGCCUCUCUCUGGAAAGCAGCAAGGAGAACCAGCAGCCCGAGAGCCUGGUUCUGGGGCUGCCUCCCCAAACGGAGGGAGGGAAGUCCACCCCCGGCCUCAUGAUCCAGCAUCACCCCACUCACCAACUCGGCAUCCAAGAGCUGGUGGCCAUGUCUUCUGAGCUGGACACCUAUGCAAUCACCAAGAAGGUCAAGGAGGUGCUAACAGACAACAACCUGGGCCAGCGUCUUUUUGGGGAGACUAUUCUGGGUCUGACCCAAGGCUCCGUGUCCGACCUGCUGUCCCGACCCAAACCUUGGCACAAACUCAGCCUGAAAGGCCGGGAGCCAUUUAUCCGCAUGCAGCUGUGGCUCAACGACCCUCACAACGUGGACAAGCUGAGGGCCAUGAAGAAGAUGGAAAAAAAAGCUUACCUGAAGAGGCGUUACGGGCUGCUGAGCACAGGCUCAGACAGCGACUCGCCCAGCACUCGCUCUGAGUGCGUGAGCCCGACCUUGUCCUCGCUGGACCUGUGCUCCUACGGUCAGGCGAAAAAGCCUCGGGUGGUGCUCGGAGCGGUGGAGAAAGAAACCCUGAGGAAAGCCUACCUUUUGGAACCAUACCCCUCACAGAACACCAUAGAGAUGUUGGCUUCACAGCUCCACCUCAAGACCAACACUGUUAUCAACUGGUUCCACAACUACAGGUCCAGGAUGAGACGCGAGGUGCUCAUGGAGGGUCUGCCAGACAACGACACGGACGCCGAGCACCACGCCGACUCUCCAUCAGCGGCGCAGAGCCCUCGCUCCGAGGGGGAGGACAGGAAGCCCUCAGGACACAACCACUGCGGCCUUCCUCCCGGCGCCGACGCCGCCCGUCCUUUCGUCAAACAGGAGGCGGCGGACGGGGAAAACGAGUGUUUCCCCCCCGCCGUGCAGUUGAAGAGCGAGCUGGAGGACGCAGCCGUCAGCUGCUGUGAGACCUUCUCCACCGGCCAGAGUAUGAAGAAGGAGGAGAGGAUGAGCCCCGCCUCCAUGAGGGAAGACCCCAGAAAGUCCCCCGUCGACCCGCUCAGCUUCAAGGCCUCCUCGGAAGCCUGCCGGAGCAGCUUGGAGGUUUCCCUCAACUCCCCGUCUGCCGCGUCCUCGCCGGGUCUCAUGAUGUCCGUCUCCCCCGUGCCCUCCUCCUCCGCGCCAAUAUCACCCUCGGUGCCUAACCCGCCCUCCAGCCACGGCCCGGACCCCAACCCGCCCCCCUUCCAAAGCCCCGUGCUCAACAGGAGCAGUCAGAGACGCAACGAGAAGAUGGCCAACCUCAAUAACAUCAUCCACAGGCUGGAGAGGGCGGCCAAUCGAGAAGAAACACUAGAAUGGGAGUUUUAAGUAGCAAAUAAAAAAGCUGAGGAACUUGGAACGGAGCCUGGCUCAAAGUUUAAAGGGGAACAAGGAGCCCAAGAUCUCCAAGUUGGAGAUUGGAAAGUUUCUAAACGCGUGUUUGUUUCCUUUUUUUUUUUUUUUUUUUUUCUAAUGCUUUGAACUUCGUACGACGGCGCUCGCCGUACUUCGUACCUUCUGGACUUGACAUGGAGAACUCGCAGCUACGGUGUCAUAAAAAUGCGCACUGAAAUCCUGUAGAUUUGCCACUUGGUGAGAUUAAAAAAAAAAGAAAAAAAAAAAAAGACCCCUGUCUUAAAGCCAUGAAAAGCACUAUAAUAACUAUUUAAAAAAGAGACCUUGACCAAAUUUGCUACUUUUUGCAUAGCAAUUUUUUUCCAAGAUAUUGUCUUUAAAGAUCGGACUGAUUAUAAGUCAACGUGACAUCGUUUUACCGACCUGAGGGAUAGUCCUUUAAGACUCUAAAAUAUUCCACAUCUUGUAUGUAAAUUAGUUCCUUGGUGAAAUGUUUGGAAAUAUUUGUAACUCACACGUAUAUAUAAAGAAAAAAAAAUGUGUUUGUACAUGUUGUAGAAAUGUCUGCAAUAGCCUUCUCUGAAACCCAUGUAGCAUGGUACUCACCUGUAGUUAGUCACCUGUGCUUGAAGUUAGAGGAUGAAAAAAGAGGGAGGGGGAGUAAAAUAACGCAAAGGGAGUGUCGAAUAUAACGAGUGGGGUACUAAUUCUACCGUUAAUGAUCCACGUAUAUACGUAACAACACACAGAGGACACACAAGUACAGUUCACAGGACCUCCAAGGCAGUGUUUUCCCAACUUUUGCUGAGCCAAGGCACACAUUUUACAGCAGAAAAAGAAAAGCUCACGGCACACCAACAAACAAGCAAGUCACGGGAA